AUGUAUUAUCCCAACGAAUUGGUUUACUUUAAAAAGACCAACUUCAAUCACCCUCAGGGAUUGCUUAUUUUCAAGGAAGCUCCAGAACCACCCACACCUGCAGAAAAACAAAUACAGAUAAGACUAGCCCAUCGUUUAUUGAAAUUUUGCCAGAACACCAUUCAUGGUGUAAAUCACAUUUGGGAACCACACACCAAACCGGUGGUACGGAUAUUUUGGUGUUUGAUUGUUACGACGGCACUAAUCGGCUGCAUUCUGCUCUAUAAUACGGUUACGCAACGCCAUCGUGAAGAAGUCCUUGUGACAGUGGUGGAAACGUCACAUUUACCCAUUUAUGAAAUUCCAUUCCCUGCUGUUGCUAUCUGUCCGGUUAAUCACAUCAAUUGGAUGCGUUAUAAGGCAGCUGAGGCCAGAUUUCUGCCACGUUAUGCCGCCAAAGAAGCUAAGACAGCGUUUUAUAAUCUAAUGGUAUUGUUGGAUCGAAUGACCUUUACCAGACUAAGCAGUAUUGAUGAGUUUUUGAAGACCAAAAACAUACCCCGAUCCGUUGAAAAUAUUGUACUCUCAGAUGUGGCGAAAUUUAUGGCUCUGCGUUGUGAUGAAAUUUUUAUUUGGUGUAGUUUUGAUAAUACUCAACAUGACUGCUGUAAAAUUUUUGUUCCCGAAUAUACCGGUAGGGGUCCAUGUUUGGUUUUUAAUUCGGUUAUAUCGAAAGAGUCGAGAAUAAAGAAGCUGACCGACAAUUUUUAUCCCUGGAGAGCUCGAUAUGGAGGAGAAGGAUCUGGGCUAUCAUUCAGGUUAAGAUAUAAUAGCAGUCUGGUUAGGCCGGGAACAACCAUACCCUUUGCCUUUACGGUUCUUGUAAAAGAAGCUGACGAAUGGAGUGACACGUUAUUUCACAUUCUGCAAAAAAAUACCCACAAUAGUCUGAUGGUGACACCGAUAAUCACUGAAACCUCCAGAAAUACUCGCCACAUAGCUCCAGCCAAACGGAAAUGUGUAUUUGCGGAUGAAAUGACAAAAUACGAUCAAAUCGAUGGUCUGACAUUCCACAAAUACAAUUGCCUGGUACGAUGUGAGGAGAAAUUUUUACUGAAUACCUGUAACUGUACAACAUCGAUGUUCUUCCCGGGAAUACCCAACCAACCCGAGAAGGAAUGCAAGGUCUCUGAUUUGCAGUGCAUGUAUGACCAUAGUGAUAUUUUCAAUUAUUUAAAAGAACCCGAUCAGGAUGAGUAUAUCAAUGACACCAGACGUGGUAUGUCAUGUGAUUGCCUUAAUAGCUGUCAAUCGUUGUUGUUUUUGGUCAAAUUAAAUGUCUUGCCAUUGCCCAUUCCCAAUGAUACGAUGCCCGUAAUAUCCGGUGAAGUUUAUUUUGGCAAAAAUACGAUAACAAAAUAUUCAUCUCGUUUGCAGUAUACCUAUUUGGAUCUGGUAUCAAAUUUCGGUGGCAUAUUGGGGUUGUUUUUGGGCGCUUCUGUGCUAAGUAUCGCCGAAGUUGUAUAUGCCAUUAUUAGAGAACUUGUUAUAUUCGGUUUAUAUAAAUUAUCCACAAGGCAAAAGAGACGUCGUAUUACAGUGGUAAAGCGUAAAGGAGUAUCCAAAAUGAAAAAAUAA